AAUGUUAAUUCAGCUUUCAUGAGCUUUUUGGUUUCACAAAAAAACUGAAUACUGAUUCAAAGUGAAUCAUUUUAGUUUCAUCGCGUGUUUUUCACUCGGUGAAAUCCAGUUUAGUUUUUGUUAUCCGGAAUGUAGCAAAAUUCUCGAUGAAGUGCUUUUUGUUGGUUUUGCUUAGUUAAUACAAAUUCAGCGCGUGGUUUGAAGUUUUACAUUCAUUCAUCCAUCGCGAACAAAUUGUUACAAGAACGAGUGCCAGGUUAUGUCAGCGCACUACGGAUGUUACAAAUAAAAAGCUUUCUGUCCCUUUGAUCUUUUCUUUAUGCAAAUGAAUCGUUUGGAAAACAAUUGGUAGCUGCAUUGGGACAAAUUGAGGCCGAGUAACCAGUAACACAAAACACAGCACCUGCGAGGUUUAAAGACAAAGAGAACGACAAACAAAGGAACUUCACUCUAAACUCGAUCAGAGCAAGGAGAUUUUUAAACAGCUGUCUUAGAACUGACAAGGGAUAUCUGCUUAAAAAACGAGGCGUUGCUUUGUAUUAAAUUCAGCCCAUUUUAGGAUGUUUUUCUUUGAAAAGACGCCAUUAGCCGUGAGUAAUAACGCAAUUAUCAAACAACAUCUUUCUGUCGCCGCACCUGUUACAACGACCAAAGAAAACCAUUUGUAUACGGCGGGAAAUUGACAUUUGAUGUGUCACGUUCGCCAUCGGUCAACAAUCGUUUAGGGGUGAUUGCGAAUAAGUGUUUGCCAAACUAAAUGAUAAACAAUCUCGGAACUCUUUGUGUUUUAGAGGCAGGUGGUGAUCAAAAAUGCUAAUAGAAAAUGACAGAUCUUGGAUGUUAGAAGAACAAGAAAACAUCGCUCUGUGAAGCGAGCAAAACGAAACCAGGUGUUUAGACACAUCACACUCAUUGGUGACAGCGCAAGCUACGAGGCAGGCAUAACAUUGUGAAGCCGUAAAAAUCGUCCUGCUUUCUGGCCAAGACAUAAAACGUUAUCAAUCACAACGAGAAAGCCGCAAAUUAAGGGCACCAGGCGCGAAAAAUCCUUCAUUUAAACGUGUUUUUUUGAGCUCCAUGUGUGAUAUUACUGUGAUAAAAACGUCGGUAUAUGGGCAGUCCAUGGGAUCAUUAAACUACAGCGCUGCUCCACGACAAGAACCGACGAAAGACCUGAUCGCGGAAACAGAAGAAGCGCCUUUGGAAGAGGAAAAUGAAGAAAACAUGUCUAGCGGAAAAAAGAAGAGAUGUCAGGGUGGUAAAAAGGCCCGCUCAAAACUCAAGAAGGCACUGUCGUGGAGGCAGUCUAACAGGUCUCGACGACUGAUUGCCAACGCUCGAGAGCGCUCGAGAAUUCACAUCAUGAGCGAGGCUUUCGAAGGUUUGCGAAGAGCUGUUCCGUGUUACUCCAGCGAUCAGAAGCUUUCCAAGCUAGCGAUUCUGAGAUUGGCUACGAGUUACAUCUCGGCGCUGUCGUAUUUGGCUGAGAACGAUACAUCAACAAAAUCACUUAAACAUUUCGCUGAGUGCGUGGACCAAUGUACGCAGGCACUUCAAACUGAAGGCAGAGCGAGGCGGAAAGAGUGA